AUGCCGAACCAACCUACAAGGACUGUGACCUACGGUCGAGUCCAUGAUCUGCAGCAUAUCUCUGUAACACAAUUGAACAAUACCGAUGGCUACUGGGUGAUUUAUAUCCACGGCGGCGCCUGGCGCGAUCCAACAGUAACGGCAGACUCAUUUAAAGCAACGGAAGAGAUUUUGCGCAAAACACCAGGCCUGCCCAUCACCGGAUUCGCAUCAAUCUCCUACCGUUUAAGCGCACAUCCAAACCACCCUCAAGACCCAACCAGCACCGGACCGAAAGAAUACCGGGAUGCGAAGCACCCAGAUCACAUCCGCGAUGUAGAGGCUGCGCUAGCCUUCCUUCAGAAUACGUUUAGUUUCGGCGCGCGCUAUAUUCUUGUUGGGCAUAGUUGCGGUGCGACACUUGCGUUCCAGGCCGUUAUGGGAGCUGUUGCGGGACACCGUGAGCAGGCAUUUAAGGGAGCCAUAAAUAAUGCAGAUAUCAGUCUCGGGCCUAUUUCUACUUCGCCUGGUCCGUUGCCGCCCCGUUUGACUGUGCAGCCGACUGCUAUUGUUGGUGUUGCUGGUAUCUAUGAUCUGAGGCGGUUGCGCGAUAUGCACCCUGGGAUCGAUGCGUACUUGGAGUUCAUUGCUGGUGCAUUUGGAAACGAUGAGUUGCUCUGGGAUGCAGUUUCGCCCGCACAGAUGGCGGGGUCGCGGGGUGUUGAGGGUGGCUGGAGAUCUGGGCGGCUGGCUGUUCUGGCGCAGUCCAAGGAUGAUGAGCUUGUUGAUGGAACCCAGGUUGAGGCUAUGGAGGAGGUGCUGGGACGUUGGGAGAAGGUCGAGGCUCAAGUCCCUGUACAUGAGUUGUCUACUAAGGACCGCCGAGUCCGAGUGUUGCCGAUCAGUGGUGAGCAUGAUGAGGCGUGGGAGAAGGGGGAUCAGCUUGCUCGUGCCGUGAUCUAUGCAUUUGAAGAACUACAGGCGAUGGGCUUGGCUCCUCGGGCUGGUGGUCCAAACUAA